GCCUUCAGACGCCUAAAAUGGGUCACAACGACGGAGAGCACGAGCACGAGGGCGACGACCUCUCCGCUGACGACUCUUCGUGGAGCGACGGCGUCUGGUCCGAGGACGACGAUGAGGAGACGUUGUCGUUUGAGGAUAGCGGCUCCGGCUCCGACGGUGAGUCCCACGAGGCUGCGGUGGCGGAAGAGAGCGACUCUUCGGAGGAUGAGGUGGCGCCAAGGAAUACCGUGGGAGACGUGCCUCUUGAGUGGUACAAAGACGAAGAGCACAUUGGGUAUGACAUCGAUGGGAGGAAGAUCAAGAAACGUGAUAGGGAGGGGCGCAUUGAAGCCUACCUCAGGAACGCAGAUGAUGCCAAGAAUUGGAGAAAGAUCUAUGAUGAGUAUAAUGACGAGGAGGUUCAGAUUACAAAGGAUGAGGCUAAGAUAAUUAGUAGAUUGUUAAAGGGAAAGACUCCACAUACCAAUGUUGAUCCAUAUCCAGAUUAUGUUGAUUGGUUUGAAUACGAGGAUAAAGGUCAUCCUCUUUCUAAUGCCCCUGAGCCAAAGAGGCGAUUUGUACCUUCAAAGUGGGAGCAGAAGAAGGUUGUUAAACUUGUAAGAGCCAUUCGCAAUGGAUGGAUAAAGUUUGACAAGCCCAAGGAGGAACAAAACUUGUAUUUAUUAUGGGGAGAUGAAACUGAUACAACAGAUAAUAAGCGGCAUGGCUUGAGCUACAUUCCUCCUCCUAAACCUAAGUUACCAGGUCAUGAAGAGUCAUACAAUCCUUCUGUUGAAUACAUUCCUACACAAGAGGAAAUAGAUUCAUACCAGCUUAUGUAUGAGGAGGAUCGCCCAAAGUUCAUUCCGAAACGAUUUGAGUGCCUUCGAAGUGUACCUGCAUAUGAGAAGGCGUUGAGGGAAGGUUUUGAUCGGUGUCUAGAUCUUUAUCUAUGCCCUAGAACCCGCAAAAAGCGUAUAAAUAUUGAUCCUGAGUCACUCAAGCCCAAGUUACCAAGUAAAAAGGAUUUGAGGCCAUACCCGAAAACUUGUUACCUUGAGUUCAAGGGCCAUAUGAGUCCUGUGAAAUCCAUUUCGGUCGAAAUUACAGGGCAGUGGCUUGCAUCUGGUUCUUGUGAUGGUACAAUUCGUGUCUGGGAGGUUGAAACUGGUCGCUGUCUUAAAGUUUGGGAUGUUGGAGGUGAUGUCCGUCAUAUUGCCUGGAAUCCUUCACCUGACAGGCCUAUUCUUGCUGCUGUCGUUGGACAUGACCUACUACUUAUUAAUGCUGAGGUGGGGAGUGAAGAAAUGCAAACGAUGGUAAAAGAUCUGCUCAAGGUUGAUGAAAUGGCUCUUCAAGAUGACACUGAUGACAAGAAACCAGCUGUGAGGUGGUUGAAGCAUGACAAACUUGAUGGGAUCACCUUAGUUCAUCAAAAGGCCGUGUCAAAUGUGGAGUGGCAUUACAAGGGAGAUUACUUCACCACAGUUGUGCCAACUGGUGAUACGAGAGCUGUAUUGUUGCAUCAGCUCACGAAAAAGCACUCGCACCAUCCUUUCCGUAAAAUGCCAGGCCUUCCUGUUGCUGCAACAUUCCAUCCAAGUCAGAAGAUGUUCUUUGUUGCUACUAAGAAAUUUGUUCAGAUUUAUGAUCUCCAAAAAGCGCAGUUGGUAAAGAAGCUGGAGUCAGGUCUUCGCGAGAUUUCCUCCAUCUCGAUUCAUCCUGGUGGUGAUAAUGUUAUUGUCGGAAGCAGAGAUGGAAAAUUAUGCUGGUUUGAUACUGAUCUAUCUACCAGACCAUACAAGACUCUAAAGAUCCAUUCUAAAGAUGUUACCAGUGUUGCCUUUCACCGAAAGUACCCUCUUUUUGCCUCAUCCUCCGAGGAUUGUACUGCCUAUGUAUGUCAUGGAAUGGUCUAUUCUGAUCUUAACCAGAACCCACUUAUUGUACCAUUGGGAAUUCUUCGUGGCCAUUCUAGUUCGGAUGGAAGAGGGGUUUUGGACUGCAAGUUCCACCCUAAACAACCAUGGUUGUUCACUGCUGGCGCUGACUCUGUGAUUAGAUUAUACUGCGACUAAGCAUUCCUCCAAGGAUUCAUGAUUUUGCCAAGCAAUAUGACGUGUAGCCUUUUGUUGGGCCUCAGUAUGGUGAUGAUUGCUAUAUUCUGGUAUGAAGUUGGAUUGGUACACAUGUAUGAAGCCAAGAGUGGUGGAUCUUUUGUUAUGGGGUCAUGGCUGCUCUGGAAAGGAACAUUCAAACAGCGGGUAGGGUGUUUAAUCAAUGUCAACGGUUUGCCAGCAAGUGAAAAUUUUCAAAUGUUCAGUACAGCCACAGAGGCCUUAGAGUAGUGGUUAUGUUCUUUAGAUGUGAGACUUUAGACGCUUAUUUUGGUGAUUUUGUAAUGUCACCUAUCUUGUACCAUGAAUCUUGUAAUACUAAAAAUACUUUUCGCCAA